UGCAUGAUACUUGCAUAUCUAUGAACAGCUCAGUGGAGGGGAGAUAUCUUACACUUGUGGUCAUAGCUUCUCAAAUCAAUGUCAUCUUUAUUUAUAAAAAUAUUAUGUGACGACUAAUCAUCAAUUUUGGGAGAGGCAAAUCUAGAAUUUAAAGAUUUCAGGUGCAUCAGUAUAACCUAGCUAAACUUUAAUUCAAACCAUGGUCUCAAGAUGGUUCGCAUAACUUGUAAUUAUGCUUCUCUUGGGUGUACAAUCGAAUGUAGCCUAAUUUUUAUCAAUUUUCUUCUCUCUCUAUGUAUAUACAUGAUUAUUUUUUUUAAAUUAAUAGGUGCAUGUGCGCCUCCACUUAUAAGUGUGGAUCCACCUCUAUAUAUGGGACAGUGUGCAAUACAUAUUCUGUGUUUUCGAUUAUAGUAAAUAUAAAAAUCACAAGGAGCCAAUUAGAAAAUGUAAAAGAGAAACAACAAAUGGUUACCAUACUUGUGGGCAAUAUAUUAUAGAUUAUAAUAUAGACAAAAGAAACCCACUAGCUGUACCACUCCAACAAAGACUUCAUCUUGAUUGAAUUUGACACUUGUAGUAUAAAAUAUUACUCCUUUCGUUUCAUUUUAUAUGUCAUUUUUUUGCUUUGUAUACACUUUAUUUUCUCAAGAUCUUACUUACGAAAUCACAGUGAGUAUAUUAUUGUUAUUGUUAUUAACAUGAUUAAUAGCCACACAUAAAUAUUCACCAACUUAUUUUAAAUCACAACAUUUCCUUUUUUUUUUAAAAAAAAGUCAUGUCACAUCAAACACUGCUAUAUAAAUUGACACAAAGAGUAAGAUGAAAGAAAGUGUCAUGCAAAAUAUAUCAAUUAAAAGUGUGGCUUUAAAAGUAAAAAGUCUUUGAAGAAAUAAUACAAAUAGAGAAAAAUAAGGAUUUAUCCAUGGAGGAUAAACAUAGAAGUUCAAUGGUGGUUUGUGUUACUGGUGGUUCAGGAUACAUAGCUUCAUUUUUGGUGAAAAAACUUCUUCAAAAUGGCUACAAAGUUCAUGCCACCCUUAGGAACUUAGAGGAUAAAUCAAAGGUAGGCUUGUUGAAGAACUUGCCUAAUGCAGAAGAAAAUUUGAAGUUAUUUAAAGCUGAUAUGUAUAGACCAGAAGAAUUUGAGCAAGCAAUCCAAGGGUGUGAAUUUGUUUGCCAUGUGGCCACUCCUUUUUUACAUACUGACGGAUUUCAGUACAAGAAUCCAGUAGAAGCAGCAGUUGCAUCAGUGAAGAAUAUUGCAAUGUCUUGUAUAAAGUCUGGUACUGUAAAGAGGCUUAUAUAUACAGGCACUGUGCUUGCUGCUUCACCAAUGAAGGAUGAUGGCAAUGGCUUCAAGGAUUUAAUGGAUGAAACAUGUUGGACUCCUCUCAAUGUCCACUUCCCUUUUAGUGAUGAUUUUGUUAUGAGUUAUGUGGAAGCAAAGACAGCAUGUGACAGAGAAAUUUUGAACUUUGGCAAAGAUGGAUUUGAGGUUGUGAGCUUAGGUUUUGGUCUUGUUGGAGGAACAACAAUCAUGUCAAAUAUCUCAGGAAGCAUGGCUGGUAUGUUGUCAGUGGUAACUGGUGAUGAAAUUCAUUACAAUCAACUCAAGUUCAUUGAAGAGGUUGAUGGAAAAGUUCCAAUCAUACACAUUGAAGAUGUUUGUGAAGCUCACAUUUUCUCAAUGGAAAAUAGUGAUUCUAUGAAUGGUAGAUUCUUGUGUGCUAGUGCAUUUGUUUCUUCUGCACAAAUUGCAACUUAUUAUCAACAAAACUAUCCAGAGUUUCAUAUUAACCAAAAGUACUUGGAUGAUCCAAAGAGAGAAGUGAAAUGGGGAUCAAAUAAGCUUAUGGAGAAGGGUUUUGUGUACAAAUAUGACAUGAAGAAAAUAUUGGAUGAUAAUAUUAGAAGUGCAAGGGAACUUGGAGAUCUCAAACUACCAUCUGCUUAAUAUGGGAACUUUUAAUUACUAUCGACUGUUUGUACCAAAUUAUAUGAAAUUAUUGCAAGUGAAAAUAUGGUGAUAAUAUCUGCUAACACGCAUGUCGUGUAUUUAUUGUUUUGAUGUAGACACAGAGUGCGGAUAAAUUUUAUCGUCCAUGUAUUAUUAUUUCUAUCCUCA